UGGACCACGAUUACUCAAAGAAGGAAAUAAGCGAUACACAGAGCUUAUAAAGAGGGCAACGCAAGAGGGAGAAGCCAAUCAAAAACAAUCAAACUGUGAAAAAAGAAAAUGGGAAGCGAAGGAUCGAUUGUGAGGAAACCAAGGUUUCUGUGUCUCCAUGGUUUCCGUACGAGCGGAGAGAUUAUGAAGAUACAGCUUCACAAAUGGCCUAAAUCUGUCAUUGACCGUCUCGAUCUCGUUUUUCUCGACGCACCUUUUCCUUGUCAGGGCAAAUCCGAUGUCGAAGGGAUCUUUGAUCCUCCUUAUUACGAGUGGUUCCAGUUUAACAAGGAAUUCACCGAGUAUACGAAUUUCGAGAAUUGUUUGGAGUACCUAGAGGAUCGUAUGGUCAAGCUUGGCCCAUUUGAUGGUCUCAUUGGGUUUUCCCAGGGGGCAAUAUUGUCAGGGGGUUUACCAGGACUGCAAGCUAAGGGAAUUGCACUUCAGAAAGUACCAAAGAUCAAGUUUCUGAUAAUAAUUGGAGGGGCUAAGUUCAAAUCCACAAAGAUAGCAGAGAAUGCGUAUUCGUCGUCUGUGGACACUCUCUCCCUCCACUUUUUAGGAGAGACAGAUUUCUUGAAACCUUACGGAAUCGAGCUGAUAGAUUCGUUCAAGAAUCCGGUGGUUGUCAAUCAUCCCAAAGGCCAUACGGUCCCAAGGCUUGAUGAGAAAAGCUUGGAGAAAGUUACUGCAUUCAUCGAGACCAUAGAGCAGCAUCUGGUGAUGGAGGAAGACAAGAAUGGUGAAGAUAACAAUUGUAAGCCAAAAUAGAACAGCAUUCAAUGUAAUGUUAUGACAGAAUAAUUCUUUAGAAAAUAAUCGUGAAAUGGCUGUAAAUAAAUCUGGUAAUGUUUGUGGAAAAACCAUGAUUACCACACAAUCAACAAUAGACGUUUCAUUCUUUCAAUUUCAUAACCUAUUCUUCCCAAAAGAGAAGGGAAAAAAAAACACAUCAAA